GAGGCGGCGGGGGGCGGGGGCGGGUUGUCUCCCGUUGAUAUUUCAGCCAAGCCUGGCGACGAGGAACAGCCAGACCCAGCGAGAGAGAAGAGAACGCGAGAUGCGUCCGUGAAGAGUGGCCACAGCGGCCUCGCCCGGGGCUGGGGGAAGCGCUUCCCGACCUCGCCGUCCGCUGGGCCUCAGUUCUCAGCCUCUACGGGCGAAGCUCCUGCUGGGGGCACCGCGCUCCGCCGUAGUCGACGUGCCCACCGCCCUCGCCCGCCCGGGCCGCGCCAGUCAUGGCCAGCAAGCGCUGCUUCGCCAACCGCUUUGAUGACUACCGGGGCAGCCUGCUGGGCGGGCAGUGCAAGGAGGCGGUGAUGCCCUUGGUGACGGCCACCAUCGACCGCAUCCUCCAGGAGGCGCCCCCGCUGAGCGGCGGCGGCGGCGGCGAGGCGGCGAGCGGGCCGGGCGGCUGCCAGGGCGGGCUGUACAGCGGGGUGGCCGGCGUGGCCUACAUGCUGUACCAUGUCUCCCGCUGCCCGCUCUUCGCCCAGGCGCGGGACUCCUACCUGCGGGCGGCCAAGCAGCUGGUGGACGCCUGCGUGCGCUAUGAGGAGGACUGGGGCCAAGCCGACGCCGACACCCGCGCCGCCUUCCUGCUCGGCGGCGCCGGCGUCUACGCCGUGGCCGCCCUGGUCUACGAGGCGCUGGGGCUGCCGGACUGGCCGCGGCUGCUGGGCAAGUUCCGCGACCUGUGCGAGAUCUGCGCCCCCAUCACCUUCCUGGAGUGCGGCUCCGACGAGCUCUUCGUGGGCCGCGCCGGCUACUUGUGCGCCGCCCUGGUGCUGAAGCAGAAACUGGGCACCGAGGUAUUGACUCCAGCACAGAUCAAGUCAAUUUGUCAGGCAAUUUUAGAAUCUGGCAAACAAUAUGCACUUCGGAAGAGGAAACCAGUUUCACUCAUGUAUUCUUACUAUGGAACAGAGUAUCUUGGGGCUGCUCAUGGACUUUCAUCCAUCCUACAGAUGCUGCUCUCCUAUUAUGAAUAUCUCCAACCUGCUGAUCAAGAACUAGUAUGGCAGAGUGUUGAUUUCCUUAUGGAUCAAGAACAGAAUUCCAACUGGGCUCCAGAACUAGGAGAGACGAUUGAACGAGAAAAUGAGCUUGUUCACUGGUGCCAUGGAGCUCCAGGAAUUGCAUACAUGUUUGCAAAAGCGUACUUAGUUUCCAAGAAGCCCCAGUAUCUAGAUAGCUGUAUCCAGUGUGGAGAAUUGACAUGGCAGAAGGGGCUACUGAAGAAAGGACCUGGAAUAUGUCACGGAGUGGCUGGCAGUGCUUAUGUGUUCUUGCUCCUGUACAGGCUAACUGGAAACUCUAAAUACAUUUACAGAGCACAAAGGUUUGCAGAGUUCUUGUUUACUGAAGAAUUUAAGGCUGGUUCACGAGCACUUGAAAGUGUUUACAGUCUGUUUGAAGGUUUCUCUGGGACCGUGUGUUUCUUGGUUGACUUGCUACAACCUAACCAGGCUGAAUUCCCUCUCUUCAGUGUCUUUGUGUAAUGAGGAAGAUUUUCCAAUGCCAUGCCAGAACAAUCAUUCCAAAGGCACACGCAGUUUCACUUCACUAUUAAGGAUGGCUACUUAAAAACAAUACAUCUAUUUUGGAGUUACCACUAAUGAACUAGCCUUAAUGUUGCUGGGGGGAUGGGAUACAGAUGAAAUCCUUUAGAAAGGGGAGCAUGUGGUUUAUUUUUUAACUAUUUUUUUUAAAAAAGGAAAAGAAAGGAUACAUUAUUUUCCAGAAAGGAGAAAGAAUUCAGCUGAGUUAAGAGAAGUUGAAAUAUCUGGUUCAUGACAGAAAUAGAAUUGUUAAGGACACAAAUUUAAUGCUGCUUUUUAGGGAUGUGCAGCUAAGAAAAAAAUGAAAAUUAUUUUAAGAGGUAUCUAAACACAUAUGAGAUGUCUGCCAGCACUCUACUUAGUUAACAGCUUUCAGUGCAAGAAGCCUUACUUUGACAAAGCAGGCUUUUCCAUUGACUGAAGAGUUUCUUGGCACUAGACAAAUAUGCUACCAUUAGUUGCAUGGAGGGCUGACAACACCCAUACAGAGCAAUCCUAAGCAGAGUUACAUUCUCCUAAGCCCAUUGACUUCAAUGGACUUGGAAGGCAAUACUUGAGAAUUGCACAAAUAAUCAACUAGCGAAAUUCUUUUUGGGGAAGGCAUGCAAUUCAUUUGGAAAGUCUUUGACGUACUAAUUCUUCAGUUUGCACAACCUUGCUUAAUAGAAGCAUCUAAACCAAGCAGUUUUAAUUAUCCUACAUGUGUACAGUGAUCCUUGUAGAAAUAAAGCCCACCUUUGAGUUUUGGAGUAGGCCCCAUUCCUGAUGCAGUUCUUAGUGCUUCCCCAAAAUAUUGCUUGUUGGGGUCAAGUUUGAAGUGGGAGGCAGCAGUGGGAGGAAAGAAGUUAGCAAAACUCACAAGAGUUCUCGUCAAGAGAUGUGCUUCUGUACUGGAACAAAUGCUGUUAUGCUACUGGAAUGGUACUUUUUGGUCAACCUCAUGGUUCUUGAGAUGUCAAGAGUGCCACUCGAAAAAGCAGCUGGUAAUGCUUCUUUCCAGAUCCCAGAGGCCAGUUUUCUUCGACUUGGAUUGCCAAAAUACAGGAUCAAGAUAAAUAUGGAUAAAUCCUGUACUGUAUUCUAUUUAGCCUUGUGAAAUCACCGGGAAAUUGGUUAAGAAAGAUUGGGAAAUUUUUAAAAUAUAAUUUGGAGAGACAUUGUGAUAAUACUUGAUAGCUGUUACUUAAAUUUUACCUAUAUAAUGUCUACCAAUGGCAGAAAACAAAUCCCACCUGUCAAAUUGUCACAGGGAUUCUUCCCUGUUUAGAUGCUGCACCUCCACAUGGAAGGCUCAACAGAGCACGCUUCUUCCCCAGGGAGCACACAGGCAGUACAGCAGGGCAGGUUCUUGUAAUCAAGUGGAAGAGGGGGAUAGAAAACCGGAACUUUUGUGCCCACUUGAGGAAGAAUCAGGCACAGUCCCCUUAAAGUCAAUGGUAAAAUGCUCAUUCAUUUUAAUGGUAAAGGAUUGAAGCCUAAAUAACUAAUAAUAUCCUCUCAGCAUAAGAACAUAAGAACACAAGAACACAAGAAUAAGCCAGCUGGAUCAGACCAGAGUCCAUCUAGUCCAGCUC